UGUCCGACCCCUCAGACCCCGCCCCUUUCCGCAACCACCACCAUAGAGACGCGCCGACGCUCCCGGAAGUGACGCCGCGCGCACCCGGAAGUACCGGAGCGAGCCCCGGGAUGUCGCGCGCCACCAAGCGGAAGCACGUGGUGCGGGAGCUGCUGGAGGAGCACGUGAUGCCGGCGCCGCGUCAGCGCAUCGUGCGGGUGUUGGGGACCCCCGGGAACAACCUGCACGAGGUGGAGACGGCCGAGGGGGUGCGGUUCCUGGCCAGCAUGCCCCCCCGCUUCCGCCGCCACAUCUGGAUCAAGAGAGGUGACUUCCUGCUGGUGGACCCCAUCGAGGAGGGGGCGAAGGUCAAGGCCGAGAUGUCCCUCGUCCUCCUCCCCCCCCCACGUCCGCUUCCUGCAGCGCCAGGGCCUCUGGCCCGAGGCCUUCGCCCCCCCCGAGCCGCGGAGCCCCCGCGAGGGCCACCCCCCCCACGGGGACGGGGGAGGGGGGCUCUUCGUCAACACCAACCGGGCGGCGGCCGGCGGGGACGCGGGUGACAGCGAGGACACGGGUGACAGCGAGGAGGACACGGGUGACACCGAGGAGGAGAUGGGUGACAGCGAGGACACGGGUGACACCGAGGAGGACGCCACGGGUGA